AUGCCAAAUGUCCCAGGAACGUGGCAAGCCUUUGCAACUUUAAUCAAAAUUCCAUGGGUCGCUCCAUAUGUUUUCUGGGGAAGCUUUGAAGAAACAGAUCAAGUAAUGAGAGAGAAAGGUGAUCCAGAAACAAGAACUACCAGAAUUACAAUGAGUAAGAGCAAUGCCCUUGUUAUUUGUGAUAAAGACAUGUUGAAGGAAGUUCUCGUUGUCAAGAAUCAUAUCUUCCACAAGCCUCCUCAUUUGUACGAAUUAUUCAACACUUUCGGCAUUAAUAUUUUGAGUAAUUUGGAUAGUGGAGAUGAUUGGAAAAAACACCACAAAGUAGCCUCUAAUGCCUUUGGUACGAAAAACUUGGAACACAUGACAAGUGUGGCUGUAAAUAGUGUCGAUUUGAUUCGUACAUUUAAAUGGGAGAAACAAAUUGAAAGUGCAUUGAAGAAGGGAGAAAAGGGAAUUUUAUUGGAUGCUAAUGCUGAUUUUAGUGAUAUCACUUUGGAUGUUCUUGGAAAGGCUGGUUUCGGAUUGGAUUUCUCAAUUUUCGAUGAUUCUAAUCCAGAAGGAAUGAUUUUCAGAAGGUCAUUGGAAAAUAUGUUCACAAAUGGAAUUCUGUUAAAUCAUUUAUUCAAAGAUUUAGUUCCAUUCCUUCAUUUUGCUCUUCCACUAGCUUACAAGUGCUUUGGAGUUGAUAAAGCUGUUGAGAAUGUCAGUACGAAACUAGACGAAAUUAUUAAUAAUAGAAAGAAAGAGCUGGAGUUGAAUAAUGACGAAGUUUCUGAUGCUCAAUCAAAUAAUGAAGAAAAAAGAGAUUUAUUGAGCUUGAUGGUUGAGGCCAACAUGACAAUUGAAGGAAAGGAUAGAUUGACAGAUUUGGAGCUCAAGAGUGACAUAUAUGUGUUUUCGCUGGCCGGACAUGAAACAACGUCAACAAGUUUACAAUGGACAUUAUAUGAAUUAUCUAAAAAUGAAAGUAUUCAAAACAAGCUUAGACAAGAAAUUGAUAACUACUAUGGAAAAGGACCAAAUGCUAGAAAACCAUAUUAUGAUGACUUUGCUAAUUUGCCAUAUGUGACAGCUGUCAUGUUGGAAUCAUUAAGAUUGCAUCCACCAGUCACUGGUGUAUUUAGAACUGCCAAGAAAGACACAACCAUUGGCAAGUAUCACGUUCCAAAAGAUACUUUCCUCAACUUGAACAUUUACUCAGCCAAUCGUUAUGAAAAGAAUUAUGAGAAACCUUUAGAAUUUAAUCCUGAAAGAUUCCCAAUGGACAGCGAAUCUCAAACCAAGAAAUUGCACGAUUUCACAUUGACCUCCUUCUCCAUGGGAUCAAGAAAGUGCAUUGGUUAUAGAUUUGCACUUUUCGAGAAAUUCUCCAUCCUGUGCAGAAUGAUGCAGUUCUACACUUUCGAAUUAUUGAAUGAUGAAAAUGAUGUGAAAGAUAGAGUUCAACCAUUACCUGGUGUCACUGUUAGACCUAAAAAUAUGAGAUUACUCAUGAAACCAAGAACUGACUUGUAA